AUCGAGGCAGGGGCAUUUAACUGUUCAGGUAAGAGCAUUUGGCUAUUUGGGCAGGGGCAAUUAGGUAUUCGGGCAGGGGCACUCAGUUAUUCAGGGAGGGGCAUUUCUGCCCAGCACAGACCCCCCUGCCCGCAGAGACAAGCUCACAUUAAAACAUCACAGCGCAACACCAAAACCCAACCGAAAAAAAAGACGCCAUCAACAUCGUACCUUUCUUUGAAUCAAAAUGAAGGAAUUGGGCAUGCUAGUCCCUACGGAGGUCAUCGAGGACGCCGAGUCGAAGCCCAAGCUCCGGAACUACCAGAUCCCUCUGAGUCGGAUUCAGAAACCACACAAGACGACGACCCCAAUGCCGAUCUCGGAGGUCAAGGAACGCGAGUAUAGAGUCGUUACCGCGCCCAAGGUGCGCGAGCUAGAGGAGCGAGGCUGGACCGUUUGGCACGCCCCACCUCCGGCUCUCGACAUCAAUAAGGGUUACAAGGAUGUUCGAGGGUGCUCUCGCUUCUUAGACGUCAACACCACCGACAAUCCGGCUGCAGAUAGCGCGUUCUUCCUUGGACGAGCCAAUGUCUUUGCCGUUGCCACCAUGACUGAUGGAAAGUGGCGCCCGGGUCAGUUGCUUGGUCCUGGCGGCUCGGAGGAGGUACUCGCCAAAUCCCCUUCCUUCGCCCCGUUUACUCCGGUAAAAGACAUGACCGAGACGCGUUCAGCGACCUCAACCGGCCAUCUCCACCAAUGGGUGCGACCAGCCGGCAUCGGAGCUGGCUGGGGCGCCUACGACGACUUCACUACCUUCCAAUCCUACGGUCGUCGAAUCGCGAAGGAGUUGGUCGAAGAGAGAGAAUGGUCGACCGGUGUAAUGGCGCCAUUCGAAUUCAAGAGCGAAUCGGGUGGUGAAACCUUCAGGUGCGACUCCAUACAGAUCACUGAUGAGAUCCCGGUCAGGCAGAAAGAGCCAGUUCCGCUGCGCCAGGCGAUGGAGGCCACGCAGUCGAACCACGGUUGUGGACGCGGUGGUGGACGCGGUGGGCGUGGUGGUGGACGUGGUGGCCAGUGGGAGGGGCUCAAUGAUCUGUGAGGCUUUGUCACUCAUCCUCGCCUUCGGGCUUGUGAGUACACCUUCGCCUUCGGGCUAGAGAAUAACUAAAGGUUGUGGUGGUGUACCCUGUAUAUCUGCGUUCGCCGCUUUGGCUAAUGGUGAUGCCGGGGGCGGGUUCGACACCCGUGACAACCAGAUACUUCAUUUUGCGCUCUGCGAGCUGAGGAGCUCACCCUGACAGCUUUGUAUGGCAUUCCGGAUGCUGGAGAACAGCUGGUCUCGAUGAACGGAAUGUGUACGUGGAUCCCUAAGUUGAUAUGAUAGUCCCUCCCAG